AUGAAAUAGAGUGGUGGACUUCCUGGGCCCGGACGCUCAGCAUCUAGUCUUUCUCCAUGUAGGUUGCCAGUUCUCCGAAGACCGCUUUUAAUACACCUGCAACAUCAAACAUUUUAAAGAAUAUAAUUGUGUGUGUUGCCAUACAAGGGAAAAUGGAAAUAUUCCAAGAACUUCGGAAGCCAUCAGCCCGUUUGGAGUGUGACCACUGUAGUUUCAGGGGCACGGAUUAUGAAAAUACACAAAUCCACAUCGGUACCAUCCAUCCAGAAUUUUGUGAUGAUAUGGAUGCUGGUGGGCUAGGUAAAAUGAUAUUUUACCAGAAGAGUGCAAAGCUGUUCCACUGCCACAAGUGCUUCUUCACCAGCAAGAUGUACUCCAAUGUCUACUAUCACAUCACAUCCAAGCAUGCGGCCCCGGAGAAAUGGAACGAUAAACCCAAAAAUCAACCAAACAGAGAAAUCGAGCCUGUGAAAAGCCCCCCUCUUCCUGAUCAACAGAAAAUACCCUCUAAUUCAGUAGAACUGAAAACAACACCAGUCCUUUCUCUCGAAACUCAGAAACUUGGCCCCGAAUCACCGAAACCUACGCCCCUUAGUCCCCUGGAGCCUCCGAAGCCUGGCCCUACUGUGGCUUCUGAGCCACCAUCACCUUCUCUUACUUCUCCUGAGUCUCCAAAAUCUGCCUCUGUUUCUUCUCCGCAUGUUCCAAACCCAGAUCCGGUGGUUCCCGAGUCUCAGAAACCUGCCCCUAUUCCUUCUCCUGAAGCACAGAAACAUGCCACUGUGUCUGCUGAAACGGUAAAGACUACUCUAAUUAAUACCAAACCCCAGAAGCACUCUCAUUUCCCAGAAACACUGGGGCCACCUUCUGCCUCACCUCCAGAGUCACCAGUUCUGACUGCCUCCCCUGAACCCUGGGGGCCAGCCCCAACUGUGUCUCCAGAACCCCGGAAAUCAGCCCGGACUGUUUCCCCUGAGCCCAGGAAGCCGUCCCCAUCUGAGUCGCCUGAAUCUUGGAAGUCGUUUCCUACUGUCUCUUCAGAGCCCAGGAGACCAGCCCCAGCUGUGUCACCAGGUUCUUGGAAGGCAGGGCCUCCUGGGUCUCCUCGACCUUGGAAAUCUAGUCCCUCGGCAUCAUCAGGACCUUGGAAGCCAGCUAAACCUGCUCCCACAGUGUCUCCAGGACCUUGGAAACCAAUUCCUUCUGUAUCACCUGGACCUUGGAAACCGACUCCUUCUGUGUCCCCAUCUUCCUGGAAGUCUUCCUCCGUAUCACCUGGUUCUUGGAAGUCUCCCCCUGCAUCUCCUGAAUCAUGGAAAUCUGGCCCACCAGAACUCCGAAAGACUCCCACCCUGUCUCCUGAGCAUUGGAAAGCAGUUCCCCCAGCAUCUUCUGAGCUCCGUAAAGCAGGGCCUCCCCUGUCCCCGGAGAUUCGAAGCCCAGCGGGAUCUCCAGAACUCAGGAAACCCUCCGGGUCCCCCGAACUUUGGAAGAUUUCCCCUGAGCAAAGGAAAACUCCGCCUGCCUCUCUUGAUUUCCCCGAGCCCCAGAAAAGUUCUCAUGGUGGUUCUCCUGAUCUCUGGAAGUCUUCCUUUUUUAUUGAGCCUCAGAAACCACCUGCCUUCCCUGAAACCAGGAAAGCAGGUCCUUCUGGGCCAUCUGAAUCCCCUAAAGCAGCCUCAGACAUCUGGAAACCCGUCCUCUCCCUGGACCCUGAGCCGAGGAAACCUGCCCUUUUCCCUGAGCCCACCAAGGCAGCCCCAGCUCCUGCUCCUGAACCACGAAAGCGGGCUCUCUUCCCAGAGCCCAGGAAGCAUGCCCUUUUCCCCGAACUUCCGAAAUCUGCUCUAUUCUCUGAACCUCAGAAGCCAGGUGAACUUGGUGAUGAACUGGUGGUCGAUGCCCUAGACGAUCCUCAGUGUGGCAUGUUGGGUCAGGAAGAACUCAUCACCCCCAAGGCACUUUUAGAUGACACUUUGUUUUCUGCCUCCAAGAAGUUCAAGAAAGACAACCAAGAGAACUCCGAUGCUGAGCUUAGUAGUAGCGAGUAUGUCAAGACAGAUUUGGAUGCGAUCGAUAUUAAGGGCCAAGAAUCAAGCAGUGAUCAAGAGCAGGUUGAUGUAGAAUCUCUUGAUUUUGGUAAAGAGAACAAACUGGAUAUGGCUAGUCCUGAACAGUCCAAACACGUGCUCCAGUUUAAUGAAGAAAAAGAGGCUUUUAUUUCUGAAGAAGAGAUUGCAAAAUACAUGAAACGGGGGAAAGGAAAGUAUUACUGUAAAAUCUGUUGCUGCCGUGCCAUGAAAAAAGGUGCCGUCUUACAUCAUUUGGUCAACAAGCAUAAUGUUCACAGCCCUUACAAAUGCACAAUUUGUGGCAAGGCCUUUCUGUUGGAAUCGCUCCUCAAAAACCACGUCGCUGCCCAUGGGCAAAGUUUACUUAAAUGUCCCCGUUGUAAUUUUGAAUCAAAUUUCCCAAGAGGCUUCAAGAAGCAUCUAACUCACUGCCAAAGCCGGCACAAUGAAGAAGCAAAUAAGAAGCUGAUGGAAGCUGUGGAGCGCCCCCUGGAGGAGCAGCCGAUUUAAUCUUCACACGGGACGUGCACGUGUGCUCUACAGAGGUGUUUGCUGAAACCGUUGUCUGAGAUGUAGCUUACUUCCGUAGCCUCGUCGGAUCAGUUAGAUGCUGAUGUAUGUGAUCGUCCUGUGUUAAAUCGUCCUGGUUGUGUUUCAGAGAACAGCAUUUGAUUAUUUUUUUAUGGUCUUUAUGUGGCUGUCUUGUAAAACAAUAAAUGGUAUAUUCCAGAUGGAUAGAAAUUUCUCAUUUCUUUUCAGUAUAUGUGAAUACUAUGAAGAGGCAGGCAUUCCAUUUUAACUCAUGAGCAAGUUUCACUCCAUUGCAAACAUCUAGUGCAUCUUCUGGGGAAACUGAUUUUGGACAAUAGAAAUAAUUAUUUGGCGUGUUUAUGAUUUCGGUUUGAAAAGUUAAUUGGAGAGACCUUACCUUUCCUCAAGUGCAUUUUCAUAUCCUAAAAUGUUACUUGGAUCAGUUUCUAUUUGAUCAUCUAAAAUUAGCUCGUUUAUAGAUGUACAUUAGCUCUCGUGGCAUGAAAAAUUAGUCUCAGGGCUGCUGAUUUCUUGCUAAAGAGGGGGGAAAUUAAACCAAGUUUUUAAAGCCGUUUAUAUCCUUCUCUUGGACAAUACUUAGAAAACUAGACUGGCUACUGGAGACUAAGGAGCCCUGGUCUCAACAGAGCUAAACGUGCUACCAGUAAGUGAAAGGCCAGUCAGUGGUUGAACCCACUAGCUGCCCUUCAGACGAUAGGUGCGGGGUCUGCUUCCUUAAGGAUCACAGGCUAGCAUUCUCUUCUGUCUUUUAGGGUUGCUGUGAGCUGAUAGUGAUUUCACAGCGAUGGCUAGUACAGGAAACUAAGAAAGGUUAGUAUAUUGCGUUUCUCUUGCCCUUAGUUAUAAAGAACACUUUCCAGUGGAUUCUUCCAUUCUGUAUUAUAUCCCACGAUUUGGCCCUUCGCUUCCCUACAGCUCACUCCAAGAGAUGAUCCUUAAUUGCCAAAUGUGUUAAGAGUUUGGAUGUACGUCCUACCUGAGGUCACCUGAUGGGACUUCAGGUUGGAGAAAUGAGUCUUCCAGAUUCACAGUAGGAAAUUUUAUAAACACAUGUCUGUUGGAAAAGUAUUGCUUUUAUGUUUUUUACAGUUUUGUUAUUUGUGGCUGUCCAUGGAUAAUUUUAUUCUACAAGUAUUUGUCAAAUGUGUGUUACCAAAUUAAACGCAAAGGCUUUUAUGUCAGCAAA